GUGAUAAGCCAACCCACACAUGAGCACGCACACAGCUCACACCCACACAUACGGCAGCCUGCGCCCGGCUGCAGGCCAACGCGCGCGGGCCGAUAGCCCUAUGAUGAAGGAGAAUCCAGAGAAGCACAGCCUCGAGAGCCUGAUUGGCGAUAUUGAUACCUACAUCGCGGAGCAGGAGGCGUAUGAGCGCGAUAGCUGGGACGAAGAGCGUCCAGGCAUGGGCAGGCCGCGCAGCGAUUCCCGUGGCACCAUGUUCGUGGACAUGGACGAGGGUGGCGCGAUGGUGGUGAGCUACCGCUAUCCCCUCGAGCCUACGCCUGCCUUGCCUGCGCGCAGCCCGCGCCGGGACGAGCUGCCCGAGGGGGAGCUGUAUGUCGUCGAUGGGCAGGAGGUCGGCGCGGCGCCGUACAUGCAGGACGAGGACGGCGCGUCCUUUGUCCGCGUGGGCGUUAGUGCGGACGGUAAGGGGAUCUAUGUGCCGAAGCGGGAGGGGGGCAGGUAUGGGGUUGGAGGCCACUCACGUCCUCGACAUCGCCGUGGCCCGAGGGCUCGGUCGAACAGCGCGCAGCGCCCCCAGUACCGCUGCUCGCCGUACCCGACGACGACGGCUCACCGCCGUCCACACUGCACGGCGCUUCCAAGCGACCUCGAUGCUGGUAGUACGGAGGGCGAGUACCCGCGUCCGAUGCGGCGCGUGGAGAACAACAUCAACAUAGACGUGGACAAGCCACUUCCCCGUCUACCUCAAAGCGGGUAUCGCAAGCGGCGCAGCUUCGUCGAGGUGAUUCGGCGCGUGAUGCGGAAGCUGUGCUCGUCCUCGCGCCCUGCGCAGGGGAAGAAGGGCAAGGUGUAUGGCGUCGAACAGCGAGAUGGCAGCAGGGUUCUCACGCGUAGGCCGUCCUAGUCUGUCUUCUGACCCUUCUGACCCUUCUUGCUCUUCUUUUUUAUUUGCAUGUUUACUUUGUAGCUUUGAUAUGAUGGGGUGUAGGAAGGAGGAGCGGAGAAGCACGCAGCAUCUCGCCAUCCGGUUCGCGGGGAAUGGCUUGAGAAUAUGCUGUGGAGAGAGGUAAGUGUUUGUGCAGCUUGGCAACGACUUCAAAUCGAAGCGAGAGCUUCUCUGGUCGGAGAAGCCGGACGUGGAAUGGCAUCUGCUGGGCAUGAGACUGCAGAUUGAAGCGCGAGCUUCUCUGGUCGAAA